CGACUGCUGUAUCAACCCCCGCCUGGUCAGUGGCAACUUUAAUUUUCUGUCGUUCAGCCGCAGUCAAACCGCCUGUUCAAGCCGCGCCGGUGUCGUCUUGUCGUAAAGCAAUCGCCAUUUUAGCGGCUAAGCGUCCUAAUUAUCCAAGUCCAGGUGGCGGAGGCGGUGGUGGCCACGGUCCUUCUACUCCCAGCGGAGGAAAACCUGAUGAAAAAGGCAAAGAUAAAGGUAAAGAAGACAAAAAACCAUCUACUGAUGGCACUUCUAAGGGAGAAGAGAUUGUAAAACAACUGGGUUUAAAAGAAGUUGAUGCUGACUCCGAAAAGCAAACUAAUCUAGACCGAGCUCAACAAAUAUUAAAGAAGAUAGACCAAGCACUAAGUAAACAAAAAUAUGAUAAAAAGAAUGACAAGGAAGUAAAGCAAAUCCAAAAUUUACUGGAAAAAUUAAAAGAAAACCAAAAGGAAACCGUCGUCGUUCACUCGCCCACUCUUAAUCAGCAAGUAGAGGGAGCUAUUAAACAUUUAGAAGAACUAAAAAAACAAACUCCUGCAACUUCCAAGCAGCUCGCCACGGAGGAUGAUAAAGGAAAAAGCUGA